AUGGUGCUCAGGUGCCCCCUGCGCAGGAGUGCCAGCUUUGCCUCAGAGUCCAGGCUGCUCCAAGGUGAGGCGUCCAGCUCCAGCGAUCUUACCAUGGAAGCCAAGGUGUUGGUGAUGGGAGCAGCAGGUGUCGGGAAGUCAGCCCUGACCGUGCGCUUCCUGACCGGCCGCUUCAUCGGGGAGUACGGGGAUCUGGAAUCAGUCUAUAGCCACAGCGUGGCCAUGGAGGGCAGAGAGGUCCUCUUCCACAUCUGGGAUGUUCCAGGCAAUCAGGUCCAGGAGCACAGGAGCCCCUCCGAAGAGAAGCAGGUCCAAUGGGCGGAUGGUUUUAUCUUGGUCUACAGCAUCUGUGACCGGGCCAGCUUCCUCCUCCUGCCUGCCAAGGUGCAGCUCAUCAAGGAUGCCAAGGAGGCCCUGGGCCCCAAGAAGGUGCCCAUCGUCCUCGUGGGCAACAAACGGGACCUCGGUCAUCACCGGACGGUGUCCAGGGAGGAGGGCCGCCUGCUGGCGCUCACCCUGGACUGUGGCUUCCAUGAGGUAUCAGCGGCAGAGGCCUCAGACGGGGCCCAUGCGGUGUUCCAGGGGCUGGCCCAACGCCUCUGCCGAGCCAGGCUGGCUCCCAGGAGGGGUGCGGGCAUCCGGGGAAUUGUCAAGAGCAUGUCGGCUGUGUUUGCCCGCAAGAGAACAGACUCGCUGUGAGCUCUGUUCUGUGGGGCCUGAGGCUUCUUCUUACUGAGCUGUGCAGCCAUGUCCAUAGCUGGACUGACCCUAUCUGCCCCUAAAACAGCCCCUUUGCCUCCAGGGUGGCCCCCUUUCUUCCUGCUACAGCCCCUUUGCCUCCAGGGUGGCCCCCUUUCUUCCUGCCCCCACCCCCCACCUCCUUGCCCUCCAGCCUCUGGUACCAAGCAUACCACCCUGAGGGCAAUUCUGACUCCAGGCUGCACUUGCUUCGGGCUGGAUUUGAGCCUGGUAGGGUGGUGUUGCCUGCUGCAGGGAU